AUGGUAUUAAGGAGUUUACCUUUGUAUGCAUCAGCGCAAAGAAAAAUAGCUGCCGCUACAAAAUUUGUGAUUUCCACGUAUGAUAACAAUCACGCAUAUUUAAAAGGCCAUGUUAUAAGAGAAAAGAACUUGUAUCCAUUUUCUGGAGCACUCGUAGGAGUUUGGGACACAUUGGCAAUGGUCUUAGGAGUAGAGAAGAAACAGCUGUCAGUCCAAUUUACUGAUAUACAUUUCUUUACACAACCAAUUCUUCAUAAACAGCGAAACUUGCGUUUAAAUAUAACUUUACACAGAGGAAGUGGCCGUUUUGAAGUAUUAGAUGAAAGUACUAAAAUCGUAACAGGUUAUAUAACUGGAGAAAUGAAAAAAAAACACAGUCAAAACAAAGUUAAUAUAAAUUGUAAGGAAGAAAUGCUACUUAAAUCAGAUGAUAUUUAUAAACUCUUUUCUAUAAGGGAUUAUAAUUAUUCGGGUGUAUUUCGUAGUAUUUACAAUGCUAGUUUGUCAUUGUCUGAAGCUAAUAUAAAAUGGGAAGACAAUUGGGUAGCCAUGAUUGACAGUAUGCUCCAAUUAAAUGCGCUCAGAAGAAUUCAUGAAACGGUUUCUCAGCCACACUUUGUAAGAAAAUUAAUAAUUGACAUAAAUGAACAUUUUGAUGAAAUAUAUGAAAUACAUGGAAUAAAAGUUACACCUGCGAGGAUAUUUGAUGUUCAUGAUUAUACAAGAUGCGGUGGCAUAAUCAUGCAAAAUAUAAGAUUUCAUGAUUUACCAACUAUCUGUAAAAAUGUUGGAAUAAAAGCUUUAAAAUUUGUUCCUCACUUUUCUACAAACACAAUUGAUGAAGCGUCAGCACUCUCUAUUUAUAUACAAAUAUCUGCAGAAAAUUUAAAUAAACACGAUUUAAAUAUAGUAGAAAUUAUUGAAAAUAAUGUGUCUAAUUUUGUCGAUACUAAUCAAAUCCUCUCCGAAAUUCCUGGAAUACAGGCGAAUUAUUCAGUAAUUACAAUAGAUAGUCUUAAUCCAAAUAAUACUGCUUUAUUGAGUGAAGUUGAUUUGCUGUUAGUGUCAAAGCUGUCAAAUAAUGAUGAUUUAUGUCAAAUGCUACACCAAAUUCUUACAUGCAAUACUUUUGUAGUUAACUAUGAGAAGUAUAAAGCAGAUAUUUCGAGGGAUCGUCCAUCAUCCCUGUACCAGAGUAUUUGUGCACAUACAAUAGGGUCAACAGUUCUAGAACUAGUGUUGUGGCGUCCUACUGAAUUAAAUGUUAGCACUAGUCCUAUAACAGUUUACACUGAGUCUGAUUUUGCUCCACUUACUUCAAGAAUAACUGCAAUACAAUUAAAUCAAAAGCUUGUGAUAUUAACGUCAUAUCCUCCAUUAGCGUCUUUAAAAACAGCUGUAAAGAAAUGGAGAAAAGAGGAUAACCGCAAAAUUAAUCUUAUCAUGAUCAAUAAUGAGUUUUCCAGUACCCGGAAACUGGAUAAAAUACCACUUACUGACUUAGCCGUUAAUAUUUUGCAUAAUAGCGCGUGGGGCGGAGAAUAUUACUUACCUGCAAAAGAAACUUUAAGCAAAGAAGGUCUUGGAUUAGAACUUAAUAUUAGACAGUUAGGUGACCUAGACUCCUUGCAUUGGACAGAAAUGCCAGAGCCUAGAAUCGCGGGCAUAAAUAUAAAGAUUCAUUACGCUGGAGUAAAUGUUGUUGAAGUACAGAAAAAAAUGGGAGUUAUUUCAUGCGAUAAAGAAGACAUGCAACUUUUUGAUUUUAGUGGAACUACUGAUAGG